AUGUCCUUUUCCUUCGGCGCCCCAGCAUCUAGCGGAGCCCCAAGUGGUGGUCUCUUUGGCACAUCCGGCAAUGCAUUCGGAUCCAACCAGAAUAGUUCGACUCCCAGCUCUGGCGGUGGUCUUUUCGGAAAUGUAGGAGCUUCGUCCGCCAGCGGAGGUGCCGCCGCUUCACCCUUCGGCGCAACCCCAACUGCUGGUGGCUCUGCCGCUGCUAAGCCCUCGAUUUUUGGAUCCGACAACGCUGCGUCUAAGCCCGCAGGUUCACAGACCUUGUUUGGUGGUGGUGGUGGUACUGCUAAUGCUGCUCCAUCCAGUGGUGGCAGUACAGGCUUCAGUUUCGGAAACCUGGGAACCAACAACAGCAACAGCACACCUAGCGGUACCUCACCUCUGUUCGGCAAUGCUCAGACCCCAAACAAGACAACGGAAUCGACAACAUCUGGACAGCCAGCCACCAGUGGACUGUUUGGAGGCGCCAGCAAGCCGGCCGCGGGUGGCAGCUUGUUCGGAGCCAAUGCGUCCGCCACCCCUGCUCCAGCUGGCAAUUCACUGUUUGGUAACACUUCCACCACUCCUGCUGGUCCUCCUCCAGCAUCUAAACCUAGUAUGUUCGGUGGAAUGAAUGCAGCUUCGUCAAAUGCGCCUGCGUCUUCCGGUCUCUCGACCACCCCAGCAGCCACACAGUCGCAACCAUCCGGUGGCUUAUUUGCGGCCAACACUGGCGCCGCCGCCAACAAGCCUGUGUUUGGAGGUGCACCCUCUGCUCCAACUGGCGGAGGUCUGUUCGGAAAUACCCCCAAGCCCGCCGAGUCUACAACCCCAUCUACGACCGCCGCCCCAGCCUCUAGCGGCGCACCCUCCAUGUUCAAGAUGCCUUCUGCUGGCGGCGACGCGGCUUCUAAGCCCGCAUUCCCCUCUCUCGGAGGCGCUUCCACUACUCCGACAUCCACCGCAGCUGCUCCUCUGGGUGCUUUGGGAGCACCCGCUGCCUCAUCCUCUACUCCUCAGAAGUCCUUCUUUCCUACCCCUGGAGGCACCACAUCCUCAGAAAGUCAAUCGUCUACGCCAGCGGCAGCUCCGGCCGGAGGCUCGCUCUUCGCGGGGCUGGGUGGAGCCAAGACCACCUCGGCUGCUGCUCCCUCCACGACCGCGACCAGUGCUGCGCCUGCCUCAACAUCUGCCUCUCAGCCAGCUGCACCAGGCUUGUUCGGCAAACCAGCUACAUCCACAGCCUCAACUCAACCUGCUACUGGUGCUGCAGCUACGUCGACCGCGGCUCCAGCUACUGGCGCCGCGCCAAGCUCCGGCACAAACCCUGCCCUUGGUCAGUCGACCACUGGUCCGGCGCCUCCGGCUCAGUCGCGUCUAAAGAAUAAGACUAUGGAUGAGAUCAUUACUCGUUGGGCUACAGAUCUGAACCAGCACCAGAAAAAGUUCCGUGACAACGCUGAGAAGGUCGCAGAAUGGGAUCGGAUGCUGGUUGAGAAUGGAACCAAGGUUCAAAAAUUGUACGGUAGCACUGUCGAUGCAGAGCGAGCUACACAAGAGGUGGAACGCCAGCUGGCAUCUGUUGAAGGUCAGCAGGAUGAGCUGAGCUCGUGGCUGGAUCGCUAUGAACGGGAAGUCGACGAGAUGGUUUCCAAGCAGGUGGGCUCUGGUGACGCCUUGCAGGGGCCAGACCAGGAGCGUGAGAGAACUUACAAGCUUGCCGAGAAACUCUCGGAGCGUUUGGAUGAGAUGGGCAAGGAUCUGACCAGCAUGAUCGAGGAGGUCAAUGGCGCUUCAUCGAGCCUGAGCAAGACCAACCGAGCAGAUGAACCGAUUUCCCAGAUUGUCCGCAUCCUCAACUCGCACUUGUCUCAACUGCAAGUUAUUGACCAGGGCACCUCCGAGCUGCAAUCCAAGGUGUCUGCUGCCCAGAAGGCCGGACAAUCCAUUUCCUCUCGACUUGGAUAUGGCUACAAUAGCCCUGGAAUGGGUGGAGGAAAUGCCGCCACUGACUUCUAUCGCUCUUACAUGGGCAGACGUUAG